AUGUCUUGUUGUCGGAGAAAGGUGUUGAUGGGAAGGAAGAUGAUGAAGCCAAGAAGUCGAAGUCAAGUACCGUUUUUCGAACCAAAAGUACCGGUGCCAGAGUUGGGCAAAGAGUACUUUUGGUCGGGCCAAGAAGAUGAACUCAACACCAACAGGAGUACCGCGUCUAGAGCCAGAAGACCCGAUGUCAACCGGACAAGCAUUUUAAACAUCCAUUUUGUUCCGUGUGGUCCAGCCAAGAAGACGAAUUCAACACCAGCUCCAGCACCGUUGCCAGACUCCACGAGAAACAGAAAAUGCCCACAACCACCAGGAACAGGACCAUGUUUAGAGCACAAUGUACCGACGCCAGCCGCCAAACAAUUCGAAGCUUCUAUCUUCAGACUCAUCGUCAAGCCAAGAUACCGACCACAACACCGUCUUCAGCAGUAA